UUCUUGGGGUUCUUCCCUUUUUCUUUGACCGCUUCGCGAGAAAGCUCGUCUACGACCGUACGAUUCAAAACGAUCUUGCGCCGAUGAGGUUCUGAUACUUUCCCGUCACCAAAACUUGUUCUGUAUUGUCUUUCUGCUUCUGGAGAGCAUUUCGUGGGAAUAUUAAGAAAUCGAAGCUCGGGAUCUUGGUCAUUGUAAGGAACUGUUUCCUUCUCGAAUUUCUCUGGAUUUGAGUUCUGGGUUUCUUAUUCCUCGCUUCAGCUGUAACGAAAUUCUCAGAUUUUCUCCUGGAUAUAUACCAAUGUCCGGGAACAACAACAACAUCAAUCCUCCAAAGCCUCCAGGCUCUACUUCUUCGCCUUUUGGGAAUCCCGGGAUGGCCUCCGCAUCUAUCCCUGCAAACCCAGGCUUCCCCCCGUCCCAAAUGGCGGCUAACUUUCAAGGUCAGUUUCAGUUUUCACAAGCCCAGGCCCUUGCCCAUGCUCAAGCUCAAGCACAGUCUAAAGUUCAAGCUCAACUCCAAGCUCACUUACAAGCACAAGGCUUGGCAAUGAACCAAAACCAGGGCUCCCCAGGAAUUGGUGGUUUGGCUUCUUCUUCGCCGUCUCUGUCAACUCCCGGAAGUCUGAAUCUAAAGCGGUUCACACAGAAACCACCUAUGCGCCCUCCUGGUGUCCCUGCAACUAACAACACAAUAUCCCCUAUGAGAACAAUGGAGUUAACUCCUGCUGCACGUAAAAAGAAGCAGAAGCUUCCGGAGAAGACCUUGCAGGAUCGGGUGGCUGCUAUCUUGCCCGAGUCUGCUUUAUAUACACAGCUUCUGGAAUUUGAGUCACGGGUUGAUGCUGCAUUGUUGAGAAAGAAAGUUGAUAUCCAGGAGGCUCUCAAAAACCCUCCCUGCAUUCAGAAGACGCUUAGGAUCUAUAUCUUUAACACGUUUGCUAACCAGGUCAACACGAUCCCAAGGAAACCAAAUACUGACCCACCAACAUGGACUCUUAAGAUUAUUGGGAGGAUCCUUGAAGAUGGAGUGGAUCCUGAUCAGCCCGCGUUUGUUCAGAGAUCAAAUCCAUUAUAUCCAAAGUUCUCAUCUUUCUUCAAACGGAUAACAAUUUCCCUGGACCAGAGGCUGCAUCCUGAAAACCCAUUGAUCAUAUGGGAGAAUGCCCGAUCACCGGCUCCUCAGGAAGGGUUUGAGGUAAAGAGGAAAGGGGAUCAAGAGUUCACAGCUGAUAUACGUUUGGAGAUGAACUACGUUCCCGAGAAAUUCAAGCUAUCUCCUGCUCUGAUGGAAGUUCUCGGCAUUGAGGUUGAUACCCGGCCCAGAAUCAUCGCAGCAAUCUGGCAUUACGUUAAAGCCAGGAAAUUGCAGAACCCGAAUGACCCCUCAUUCUUUAACUGUGAUGCUGCACUCCAGAAGGUGUUUGGGGAAGAGAAGAUGAAAUUCACGAUGGUCUCUCAGAAGAUAUCUCAGCACUUAUCACCUCCCCCACCGAUUCAUCUAGAACACAAAAUCAAGUUGUCGGGAAAUAAUCCGGCAGUGACAGCUUGUUACGAUGUGCAAGUAGAUGUACCUUAUCCAAUCCAAAGGGAACUGUCCAUCUUGUUGGCCAAUGCGGAGAAGAACAAAGAGAUCGAGGCCUGUGAUGAAGCAAUAUGUGCAGCCAUACGAAAAAUCCAUGAGCAUAGAAGACGGCGUGCGUUUUUCUUAGGGUUCAGCCAGUCACCGGUUGAAUUCAUCAAUGCUCUGAUCGAGUCUCAAAGCAAGGACCUGAAGCACGUUGCAGGAGAAGCAAGUCGCAGCGCCGAGAGAGAACGCCGAUCUGAUUUCUUCAACCAACCAUGGGUCGAGGAUGCGGUAAUACGAUACUUGAACAGGAGACCUGCUGCAGCAGGGAACGACGUGCAUGGCAGUUCAUGAGCUUGUCGCUUGUUCAAUAUAUCCUCGAACCCAGAGGGGUUUUUUCUUCUUCUUCUUCUUCAUUUUUUCCCAAUUCUGAGAUCAAUUUGGUUUAUGUUAUAAAUGCCAUGAAAGUAGAAUUAGCCUCAGCCCUUGGUGUAUAUUUCAAGUGAAAUGCCAUGAAAGAAGAGAAGAAUAUGUAGGUGAGAGAAUUUAACAUUUUUUUUUUUGUUUUUUGUAGCCUUUUUUUUCCAAGUCCCCAUGUAUUUGUAUUCCCUUCGCUUACAUGAGUUGAAUGGAGAGGCUUUUUUUGGGUUUUCA